AGACCCACUUGUGCAAUUAUGGCGUCGCUUAGUAUUUCGUUGACGGAGCAGGAUAAGACACUGACCCAGUUUCGCAACUGCCGCGUACUACGCAGUCACCGACUGGUAACGGAUGAUCUUUGGGUGCGUAAUGGCAAAAUUGUCGAUCCCGAGAAGGUGUUUUUCGACGAGAAAAGGGCCGCUCACGUGAAGAUCGAUUGUCACGGUUCUAUCAUCGCACCCGGAUUCAUCGACCUGCAGAUCAACGGUGGGUAUGGUGUCGAUUUCUCUUUCGACGUUGACACCGUUGAACUAGGAGUGGCAAAGGUGGCCAAGGGUUUGCUGGCGCAUGGUGUUACCUCUUUCUGUCCAACGCUCGUCACUUCGCCACCCGAAACAUACCACGCCGUUCUACCCAGGAUCAAUAGACAGCCUGGUGGGCGAAACGGAGCGACGGUGUUGGGCUGCCAUGUCGAGGGUCCGUUCAUUAACAAGAACAAAAAAGGAGCUCAUCCACCGGAAUGUAUCCGGGAGUUUAGUGAGGUAAGGAAACGAUCCGCUUGACGGACGCGUCUCACUCAAACUCAUCAAUACUGAUGUUCGCGUUUUUAUUUCAAGGGCAUGAAGACCGUGCGUGAUGUUUACGGUUCGUUGGAAAACAUACAAAUCGUAACGCUUGCCCCCGAGAAGGCAGGCGCCUCGGAAGUAAUACAGGAACUCAGUCGCAGCGGUGUUACGGUUUCGGUAGGACACUCAAUGGCCAAUCUGAACGAUGGCGAAAAUGCGGUUCACCAUGGUGCAAGGCUUGUGACGCAUCUUUUCAAUGCUAUGCUUCCGUUCCAUCAUCGCGACCCCGGUCUGGUAGGACUGCUGACGACAGACAACAUUUCAGAGGACGUUCUCGUAUAUUUCGGCAUAAUUUCUGACGGUGUUCACACACAUCCCGCGGCCUUACGGAUUGCGUAUAAAACACACCCGGCUGGGUUAAUAUUGGUAACGGAUGCCAUCUCGGCGAUGGGUCUUUCGGAGGGACGACAUCGUAUAGGGCAGAUGGAGAUCGAGAUCCGCACUGGCCGGGCGUACGUUGCCGGAACGGAUACCCUCUGCGGUAGUAUCGCUCCGAUGGAUGAAUGCAUUCGAUUUUUCAAAAAAGCUUCCAGCUGUUCGAUUGAGUACGCACUUGAAGCAGCCUCGCUGCAUCCUGCGCGAUGUUUGGGAAUCGAGAAAACGAAGGGAACCCUGGAGUAUGGAGCGGAUGCCGACUUUGUGCUGCUCGACGAUGGGUUGAACGUGCAAUCGACGUGGAUUGCCGGCGAGUGUGUUUACCGUCGGAACGGAAAACUGAUCUCGAACGGCAUUUGACAGCGAAGGUCACUCGCUUACAGACCUUCGUGUAGUGGAUAACCGGUUGGAACAAUUUCAUGUAUAACUCUAUCGCCAUGAUAGAUUUAAACUAUUUUUACUGAUGAAAUUCCGCUCGUACAUUAUACAAAAGAUGGUACACAGCGAUGAAUAAAUUUUAAAGGAAUGAUGAAG